CCGGACGCCCCUUGGAAAUUAGGAUGGAUGGACACAUUUAAACCACAUUUACAAACUAACCGCAAUGAACAAUGACCAUAGUUGACAAACCAUCAGAGAAGUCUGACCUAGAGUCAGAACGGUGCAAUCGCUCCAGCUCCCUGACCUUCCGCUGCCCCAGAGACAUGGAAGGCAACUGCUCUAACUGGGGUGUGGGCUCCUCUGCUUCAGACCCCUCCAGGGCUAAGACUCCUUGUAAGGGCGCUGCUCUCGGAUCAGUCAUGUACAGCAGUACCGCAACCCCACAGGCUGACAGGCCCAAGGAGCAAGUGGUGAUGACUGGAGGAGAUGGAAUUGCUCUUCCCCAGAAGGUCCUCUUCCCUGCCGAGCGCCUCAGCCUGCGGUGGAACCAGGUCCAUCGUAUUGGAGCAGGUCUCCAGAACUUGGGCAACACGUGUUUCCUUAACUCCACCCUUCAGUGUCUCACCUACACCCCACCUCUUGCCAACUACAUGCUGUCCCGAGAGCAUUCAAAAACAUGUCGGGAGCCUGGAUUCUGUAUGAUGUGCACCAUGCAGAACCACAUCAUCCAAGUGUUCGCCAAUUCGGGAAACGUCAUCAAACCCAUAGGUGUUCUUAGUGAGCUAAAACGGAUUGCGAAACACUUCUGUUACGGAGAUCAGGAAGAUGCUCACGAGUUCCUUAGGUACACAGUGGAUGCUAUGCAAAAGUCCUGCCUGCCUGGAUAUAAUGUGGACAGGCAAACGCAGGCAACUACUUUCGUGCAUCAAGUCUUUGGAGGCUAUCUACGGUCUAGAGUGAAAUGCUUUAAUUGCAAAGCAGUGUCUGAUACAUUUGAGCCUUUCCUGGAUAUUGCACUGGAAAUUAAGACUGCCCAGACUCUUAACAAAGCUCUGGAGUUGUUUGUGAAGCCAGAACAACUGGAUGGUGAAAAUGCCUACAAAUGCAGCAAAUGUAAGAAAAUGGUUCAAGCCUCGAAGAGAUUCACAAUCCACCGCAGCUCUAAUGUCCUUACCAUCUCAUUAAAACGCUUUGCCAAUUACAAUGGAGGCAAAAUUACAAAGGAUGUGCGGUACCCAGAGCAUAUAGACAUGCGUCCGUUCAUGUCUCAGACCCAUGGAGAACCACUGGUCUACUCAUUGUAUGCCGUGCUUGUUCACUCUGGUUUCAGUUGCUACGCUGGACACUAUUACUGCUACAUAAAGGCUAGCAGUGGGCAGUGGUACCAGAUGAAUGAUUCAUCCGUUACUGUCAGUGACACGCGUUCAGUUCUCAACCAACAAGCCUAUGUGCUCUUCUACAUCAGAUCACCAGACCUGAAGAAUGGAGGUGACAUGAACCACGUGAAUCGUACUCCAGGCCAGUCGUCCCCACGGCCUAUCCUAACACCAAAGUUGUCUGGGCCUCGACAGGCCCCCCCGGGCUUCAUUGGCCCCCAGCUACCGCCACACAUGAUCAAGAAUACCCCACACCUUAAUGGGAACGGUUCCUCAAAGGAGUACCACAGUGGCUCUAAGCCCAUCCCUGACCCAGAGAAAAGACAGAAGUUGUCCUUCCUCAUCGGUCCUGGCAAAACUGUGCAAUCCAGCCAAACCCAGCCAAGACCCAGCUGCUCUUCAUCCUCUGCUUCACACACUCAUCCACAACCCUCCUCUUCCUGCACUUCCUCACAGUCUACCUCAGACCUGCUCUCCGGUCCCUCCCGGUCCUUGAAGGUCAACGGCACAUCUGUCAACCAUACUGGAUCCGCUCUCCUGGUGCCCUAUAGCCAGGAGUCUUCGGAAGAAUCCGACCAGGAGGGCGGAGCUUUGGAGAACGGCCUGGCCUACUCGGCUUCCGCGUCGGCUAACGGCAAGGGCGGGAACGCCGUCCCGUCCCGUAGCCCUGGCGUGCUGUCUCAGCCAGCCCUCAAAACAAACGGAUCAUCCAAUGGUUUGACGGAGAAAGCCGUUCACGAAAAUGGAUCAGAGAACCAGAGUGUUUCUAAGCCCAGCCAGAACGGCCAUCACAGAGUCAAUGGCAUAAACCACUCGGAGAAGGUUACCGGGAAUGGGCACAUGAUGUCUCCUAUCACCAGCCCUAUUAAUGGGAUGGACACUCAGCUCAAACCCAACCCUGAGCUCAGGCAGCCAAGCCAAGAGCCCGGGCGCUCUGAUGCAAGUUCCUGUGAAAGCAUCCCAUCUACAGGAAAACCCGAUACUCUCUCUCCCUCACCGUCUACUCUCACCAAAAGGGCUAAAAUUCUCUCUCCUUCACUUCCUCAACCAACCGCUUGUCCCCCUCCCACCUCAGCGUCCGUUCCUAAUGCAAACCCCGAGGCCAACGGCAAGCUCACGGACGCGACCCCGAGUCUCCAUACCAACAGCCAGACAGCCUUAACAGAUCAACCGGUUCACUGCUACAGCACCUCUACUGCAACGGGCGUCGGAACCAACUCUCAGCCAAGCCAUGGUCAUAGUCGGAUCCUCGGAGCUGGCGACGCUCCUGUCGCCUCCCAGAAGGCUAAGGUGACCUUAGAUGCAGCUAAAUGCAACGGGCGGGACAGCAAAUCGGAUAUGAAGGACUCUAACAAAGAGAGCAAGUACGGUUCUCGCGAGGGCAAGAGGACCGCGGAGGACAGAGAACGCGAGUGCGACCGGGACCGGCCGCACGUCGCCAAGGACCGCGAACGCGACAAGGACCGAUACAAACACCACAGGGACUACGACGAGAGAAGCAGGGACCGCUAUGGCCACGCCCACAGGCCCGAGAGAGAGCGACGCCCGCAGAGGGACCGCUCGUCCAGCCGAGAGAGGCACCACAGGGAGUGGGAUGCCAAACGGCACCGGGACCACCACCAUCACCACCACCACCGCAGGGACUACGACCACAGACACAGGGAUCAGCGGACCUGGGGCCGCGACUGGGACCGGGAGAGAGACCGGGACGGCAGGCACCUGGCCGACGACCACGACGGUCACAGGUCCUCCGGCCGCUGGCGCUGGGCGGCAGACGGAGGGCGGGGCAGGGGCCACCACGCUCAGGACGAGAACAACAGCAAAGCCAGGCCCUCGUCUCCUCGCUCUGCCAGCCCAGCGAACGGACACUGGGACAGGAAACGGAGUCUUCGAGAGGACGGCGACGAUGACUACGACGUCCCUGAAGAACACAGGGCAAAGAAGCAUAAGAAGUCGAAGAAAAAGAAGAGGAACAGGGACAGGCGGAGGAGCUCGAGCAAAGAGCCGUCUGACAAAAGCGGAAGCUCGUGGAAACACAAAAAGAAGAAACGGAAGAGAAGGAGGUCCGAGGAGGACGAGGGCGCGGAGGACCGGGCCCGCGCCGAGAGCCGCUCCGUCCACAGCUCCGAGGAGGGCGACCUCAGAGGAGCCAAAGGGAGAGACGACGCGGAGAGGAAGAGCCGCGACCACGAGCGGUCUCCUCACAAACGCGCCCGCCUUGAACCUCUUUCCUCUUCCUCCUCCUCUUCCUCUUCCUCCUCCUCCUCCUCCACACAACACGCUCACCUCAACGGCCACACAGGUAACGACGUAAGCCAUUACAAUGGACACUCUGUAAAUGGCUUGAGCAACGGGUUGAAAUCAACACACUCGAACCACACCGAGGCUUCCACACAACGUACCACCACUGUCAGCAGCACGAGUGCCUCAGCGUACACAGAAGGAAAAGGGCUUCGUGGGGUCGUGACCUCUGCAAAUGAGGACGUACAUGUUGCUUAGAGGAGACGGUCAUCCUCCUCCAGAUAGCAGACUUGGAUAACUGUCAACACAAGCUUGUGAAGAAAAAAAAAAAGUGAACUACAGCGGAAGAAUGAGACCCGGAAUUUUUGAACGUGGUGCUUUAAUCGUUAAGAACA